AUGGGUUUCGAUGACACCCGCCCACCACCCUGGACCCGGCGCCGGACCUGCAUCGUCCCCUCGCACAACGACCCCUCCCGCGACGACGCCCCAGAAAUCCUCAAACCCUUCCGCGAAUGCAGAGAGAACAGCCACAUCAUCUUCCGCAACACGACCUACCACAUCUUCACCACCAUGAACACGACGGGCUUGCACAACGUCGACGUCGAACUCCUCGGCACGCUAUCCUGGAAUAACGAUAACAUCGCCUACUGGCUCUCCCACUCCCUCCCCAUCGGCUUCCAGAACCAAACCUCCGCCUGGCACUUCGGCGGCACCUACGUGCACUUCUACGGGCACGGCGCCGGGACGUUCAACGGCAACGGACAGGUCUGGUACGCGUAUGCGAAUGGCACGGGGAAUCUGCACGGGCGCCCGCAUCAGAUUACGUUUACGGAUUCGGCGGAGAUGGUGGUGGAGGGGCUCAGGUUUCUCAAGGCGCAGAUGUGGACGACGACGGUGGCGAGGAGUGAGAGGGUGUUGUUGCGGGAUGUUUAUGUGAAUAAUAGUUGUGAGGUGGGCGCGGGGACGUUUAAAGGGUGUAAUUUGAAUACGGAUGGGUGUGAUACUCUCUACGCCAACAACAUAACCUUCCACCGCUGGACGAUCGACAACGGCGACGACGCCAUCGCCCUCAAACAAAACUCCACCAACAUCCACAUCUCCGACAGCGUCUUCCACAACGGCCAGGGCAUCGCGCUCGGCAGCAUCGGACAGUACCCGGGCCAGAUCGGCAUCAUGGAGAACUUCACCGCCCGCAAUAUCCAGGCGUACCACACGACGUUCGGCGCGUACCUGAAGUCUUGGACGGGGCUGAGUAAAGGGUACCCGCCGAAUGGCGGCGGGGGUGGGUAUGGGGUUUGUAGGAAUGUGAGCUUUGACGGGUUUACGUUGGUGAAUGUGUCCAUGGCGUGGUCGGUUGAUCAGGAUCAGUCGUAUAAUGGGUUGGAGGGUGGGGAGGAUUCGUCGAGGUUUCAAUUUGAAGAUAUCCAGUUCAACGACGCUCAUGGUACUUUGCAAGGCGACAGAGUGGUGUCCUUCCAAUGCAGUGGUGCGGCGCCUUGCACGGGCUUGAGCAUCUCGAACAAUGGAUUCACGGUGUCCAGUAACGGAUCUGUUCCCAGCAGGUAUCUGUGCGACAAUGUUGUUGAUCCGCAAGGGUUCGAGUGUACUGGUCCGACCAACAGUACUAUAAACUGA